AUGAGAACACUGGGAUGGGUAAGUUCAAUGCUCUUGCAUAACAGUGAAUGUGUGUGUACGUUCCACAUCUUCAAUGUUUCGACGCGCUUCAAGCUGAAGAGUAACAGCGGCCAGGAAACCGGGUAUGGAGUGCCGCUCCCCGAUAUACUUCUGCAUUUCUUCUUCCCAAGGACGACCUUGUGAAAGGGAGUCUUGACUGACAUCGAGAAGGUCGACAAUCCCGCUUUCGGUAUUGAAUUUGAAUACAAACUGUUUCUCUGUUUCAUCGUAAACACUGUUGACGUAGCAAAUUCCUUCAUCGGCAUCCUUCAGCUUGAUCUGGUAACCUGUCAGGGUUGUUGUAAUUUCUCUGUAUUUCUUGGCAAGAUCUUUUUGAAGCCGGAUAGUCUGCUCCUUUUCGCGUUCACUCUUCUUCAACUGAGCUUCUAAUGCGCUAAUAUGUUCUUCCCUUGCGCGUUUUGCCUCGCUUGGUUCUCCGCCGUCGAAAGUCGUUUCCGCCUUUCGCUUUCGAAGACGCUCUUUUUCAGCUUCACUAUAGGCAUCUACGGCACACUGCAAAGGAUUGUUGCGUAAGUGGAUGAUCUGAGUUUCAUCUCCAGCGUCGGUGGGCUCACGACUCGCGUUCCGUAACUGGACUUCCAAGUGCGCCGUUUUCGACUGAGCCUCAACAAGUUUCUCCUCUAAGACCUUGAUCUCAUUGCGCACUGCAGAUAGCUCUUGCUGACAUGUCUGGAGUUCACUAUUCCUUUCUUCUGUUGUUCUUGUGAGAUCCGAGCACCUUUCCUUUUCUACAUACAGGGAGUUUUUGAGAUCUUCGUUGAUAGCAGUUAUUUGAUCCACUUUUCUGAUAAGUGCAUCCCGUUCUCUCCUAAGCGCUUCUAUCUCCUUUUUAGAGCUCUCAAUUUCAAAACGGGAAGCACGCAGCUGCUCUUGUAAUGUUUCCACAUUCCCAUUGAGAUCUUGAAUCCUUUUUAUUAUCUCAGUAGAACGCCCUUGAGAUGUUUUUUCGGGGAAGUCAAAUAACUUCUUGGCACAAGCAGACUGCAGAGACUGAUGGUCAGCAAGUAUUUUUUCCAUAUUCUUUUCCAGCAGGCAGUACUUCUGCUCAGCAUUGUUCUUCUGCUCCUCCAUUAACAUUGACUUCUGGGCGCGAUCACUGUAAUUCUUGGCCUCUUCUGCUGUCUCAGGGCACAAAUUAACUAUCUGGGCCACCUCAAACUUAUGAAGUGGUUUCUGUGAGAAUAUUGCACGAACUGCUUUGAUUGUUUCCCGAUUUUUGAAACGAGAUAAUCGUCGAGCGUAGUUAAGAGUUUUGAUGAAAACCUCACUCAUGUCCUCAAUUUCAUCUUUUGCUUCAUUCUGCUGUCGUCUGUGCUCAAGCAACAAAAACACUUCCGAAGUUAG